AUGCCGCUUCACGUUACGGCCAUCUUCAUUGUUCUUCUUUCUUCCCUUUUAGGCACGCUCCUGCCGAUCAUCACGAGGUCCGUCCCGUUACUUCGCGAGAACCCCUUUAUCUUUGUCCUCGCCAAGACCGCGGCAACAGGGGUGUUGCUCGCCGUUUCUACCAUUCACCUUAUUGGGGAGGCCGUGGAGACGCUCAACGAGCCCUGUGUCCCACAGUCACUGCAACACUUUUAUGGUCCAUAUGGAUUCUUUUUGGUGGUCUUGGCCGCGUUAAUCAUGCACGCAGUGGAUUUUAAACUCGAUGAGAUCGCCAAAGGAUGGUUGAAGCAGCAGAGCCAAUCCCAAACCUCGGCAGAGGGAAAGGUAGGGUGUCAAGAGAAUUACGGCACUUUGAGCGAAGCGGGCGAGACGAUCCACAAAGAGGACGAAUCAUCUCCGGAGUGUGGGCAUCAUCACGGUGGGGUACUCCCUCCGACGUCGAUGGUUCAACUUCAUCGUGUGAUCUCGGCCAUCUCGCUCGAGUUCGGUGUCACCCUUCACAGUAUUUUUGUCGGUUUGAAUAUGGGCCUCACAAUGGACAGCUCGUUAAAACCGUUACUCGUGGCGUUGGUUUUUCAUCAGCUUUUCGAGGGCAUGGCGCUUGGCUCGCGUCUAGCUGAGGCAAAAUUAUCACGCCUUUGGGAUAUCGUCCUUGUGAUGAUUUUUUCUGUCGGUGGGCCUCUCGGGAUGACGAUUUCCACCGUCGCCGUGAGCAUUCGAAGGGAUGCGAUGACGGGUGGGUGGUUCGCGUUAAUGUUGGGAUCACUCGGGAGCUUCUGCGGUGGCAUUUUGCUAUACCUCGCCUUCAGCCUGCUUUUCUCGGACUUUUCGCGUGAUGUUAAGGCGCACUGUUCUGAUAAUAUGCCCAGGAAGACGAUCAAGAAGAUUGCGAUGUUCGUAUCACUCUGGACGGGCAUGCUGUUAAUGGCGAUAAUCGGUAAAUGGCUAUGA